UCUAGCUGGCACUGGUCUGUACACAAGAAGAAGAUUCCCUAUGCACUAAAUAAAAUUGUAUUAUCACAUCUUUCGAUGUCUACUGCUGUCUCUCCACUCUCCCUUUCAUCGCCAAUUUCCGGUUACCUAUUACAUAAUCGGUGGUAUUUUGGGAUAUAUGUGGAUUUUCUUCGGGACUUUGAAAUUUCGGUACUAAAGGAAUACAUUCAAACUUCAUGUUUUGAGACUCAGGCAGGUUUACAAAAUAAGUAACUUGCGAAAGAUUUAAAAUUAGGCAGUUGUUAUAAUAUAAAAAUAUAACAUGAUUUUUAGAUCAUAGUUUUCGGUAUUCUAGGAUUCAAUAUUACGAAACCUCCCAGCAGUACAAAUAACUAACUAGAUUUUUGAAGAUAUGUUAUUGAUAUUAAAAAUCGCUAUACACGAGUUUGUAUGUUAAAUAAUAAGUAAUUUAUUACAGAUCUAUCAAAAUGAGUUUGUCAUCAGAUUCAUUAAAGAUUUCCUCUAUGGACUAUAAAAUACAUAGGGAAGUCUGAUUUCCGAUACAAAAUGACGCUGACAUAAAUUUUCUAGAAUUUUUUGCAAUAAGUUACUUUUAAAUUUCUAUGACAGACGUUAAUAGCAACUCGGGGUAGAAUACGAUAAGCGGACCCGGUUUUUAAUAUCGAUAUUGACAAACAAUAUUACUCAAUUGUAACUUUCAAUAUAACUAACCGAUACUGAUUUUGGACAAUAACUUCUAUCACCUAUAAACACUAUUUUAUAUAAUAAACAUAUUUUCUAUUAUAGAUCAUAACAGACAGUCCAAAGCUCGUGGAGGACCAUGAAACGAAGUUUAAAGUGUUUACCAGUUCUAAUAGUUUUUGUUUUUAUCGUUAGAUUCCGCUUAUCUUACUCUACCCGCAACUGGUAUAAAUAAAAUUGUAUAUAUUUAAAACAUUUUAUAAAAAUUAUGCGUGUCUAAUUAAUAGCGUAGGCGUUAUUAUUACAUUUUCUAGAGUAGUAAAAGUUGUACAAUAUGUAAGUUCAUUAUUUGAUGUAAACAGCUGAUUUGCAGUACUGAAUCUGUCGGUCAAAAGAACAUCAGCUGAGUUUGACAAGACAGGGUUAGUUUUUGCACUGGAUGACGCAACAUUCGUAUUGAGCCCGCUCAUUUUCGAUGUCGAGCAAUCCAUUUCUAGUGUUCUGGAGAAGACAUAAUAAACUUUGAGUGUUUACAUAAAGUACUAUUUAAAUAUAUUUGCUUCUAUAAUUAUUAAGUUUUGUGAUUGUACAGUUCAUUUAAAGUGACAUAUUCUUUUAAACUAGGAUGUCUAAUUUGAAGGCUUUAUCUACGAGGUUAAAAUCUGUGAAAAAUAUCCAGAAGAUUACAAAAUCUAUGAAGAUGGUAUCAGCUUCAAAAUAUUCAAGAGCAGAAAGGGAACUUCAGCUAGCUAGACCUCAUGGUGAAGGAACUCAGACAUUUUUUCAAAGAACUGAACUUAUAAAAACAGAAGUUAAGCAAGUUUCUGAUUCAACAAAUCUUAUUAUUGCUGUAACUUCAGACAAGGGGUUAUGUGGACCAGUUCACACACAGAUUUCAAAAGCAGUAAAAGCUGAACUUGCAAAAAUGCCAGGAAAAGCUAAAGUAAUUUGCAUUGGCGAUAAAGUUCGGUUACAACUUCAGUAUACUUAUCCAGAGAAUAUUUCGCUUGUGGUUAAUGAAAUUGGACGCUUACCUCCCAACUUCUUGGAUGCUUCCAGAAUUGCACUGUUUACUAAUAAGCAUGAUAUAUCAGGAGGUAAGAUAUUUUAUAACAAGUUUGAAUCUGUUGUUUCAUACAUUGUAUCACACAUUCCAAUUUUCUCUGAAAAUGAUGUACUAAAUGCCCCAAAAUCACUUAUGUAUGACUCCUUAGAAUCGGAUGUUCUUGACAGCUAUUUGGAAUUUUCUCUGGCUUCUAAAAUAUAUUACUGUUUGAAAGAAAAUGCAUGCAGUGAACAAGCUUCCCGAAUGAGCGCCAUGGAUAGUGCCAGCAAAAACGCAGGAGACAUGAUCCAUUCUCUGAACCUGGUAUAUAACCGCACCCGACAAGCAGCAAUCACCAAUGAAUUGAUUGAAAUCAUUUCUGGAGCAGCUGCCUUGAAAUGAUGAUUGAAGAUUAACUUUCAGCUUGUAAUUGUUUACACUUGAUCCAGUGUAAUGUACUUUAUAAAUAGGUAAAGGAUAUGUUCAUUGAUAGUUCACUUCACUUCUAAAAAAAAAUGUCUAAUAUAUUUGCCCUGAAGUGUUAUGUGAUAUUAUCAAAAAGUAAAACUCUACAACUAUAAUAAUUGUUUAAUUAUUUACUUUGCAGCAAGUUUGAUUCAAAUAAAUUUCUAAAAGAA